AUGUCCAAUUCCCCGACGCUCGUGUUUAUACCCGGCGCCUGGCAUAGACCUACGUGCUACGACAAGGUCAUCCAACUCCUCCAAGCGCAGCAUGGAUUGAAAUGUAUCUCGAUAACCCUCCCUUCAACAACAGGAAGCCCAACAGCAACCUUUAAAGACGACAUCGAUGCUGCCCGCAAAGCCGUAUCCCAAGAAACAAACCACGGGCAUAAUGUAGUUGUCAUUGCGCACUCCUAUGGUGGUAUGGUCGGCAACAGCGCCAUCAGAGGAUUCACGCAGCCACCAGGCACAAUUUCAAGCCAACGAUCACAGACUACGGGUUAUGUUAUCGGCCUCAUUCUUAUAGCCUCUGGCUUCACCCUGACGGGCCUCUCCUUUAUGGAUCCACUCUUCGGCCAUCCACUGCCUUUCUUCAGGAUUGAUAAUGUAACUGGCUAUGCAGAGCUUGUUACAUCUCCCCGGGAACUCUUUUAUCAUGAUGUGCCAGCAGAAGAGGCGGAAUUCUGGGUUUCGCAGCUGACGGGCCAAAGUCUCAAGUCAUUGUUCGAGGGCGGUGAACACGCGUAUGCUGGUUGGAAGGACUUGCCUACCUGGUAUAUUGGAACCAUCGAAGACCGGGGUCUACCUGUGUUGGUGCAGCGAAUACAGGUGGGUAUGGCAAGAGAGAUGGGUGGUAGUGUCGAACACAGAGAGCUACAGACAAGCCAUUCACCAUUCUUAAGCCAACCGGAGGAGACGGUGGAUAUUGUUCUGGAGGCUAUCCGGGCGUUUACCUGGGAGUUGGGGGAAAACCAAUCCUUAACUAGUGGGCGUAGCGGUGCGGUGGCAGUGCCGAAGACCACAGUCUGGCAACCUUCCACCGGUUCUAUACUUCGAGUUGAUCUCCUCUACCACUAUAUCUACCAUAUUGAAUACAAAAUGAGACACUUUGACGCCUGGAUCCUCCGCGAUCCCUACUCCAUAUGGCACUACUAUUCCACCGGUCGACGCUGGCAAGAAUCAGUCCGCGACAUGAUUCACUCCCGGCAAAUCUGCGCUCCCCUGGUUGACAGCAGCAACUCUGCCCCAGUCGACCCUCUAGCAUGCAGCAUCUCCUCUCAAUCAAACUGCCCCUUACUUCAAAGACUGCCGCCCGAGAUCCGUCUCAUGAUUUACGGAUACGUCUUUGGCGACGAAGCGGUGCAUUUGGUGCAACUCAAGGGCAAGAUCCGUCACGUGCGCUGUUUUCAGCACAAAUCCGCCUCUGAUAUCCCGAGUCAUCGACAGUGCUGCCCUGAGACGAUGGCUCGAUGGCGUUCUUCCUCUUUUGCUGCUGCUGCUGGCAAUAGAAGCGAUAGCCAUCUCUACCCCCACACCCACAAAUCCCUACCAGACAAACUCUCAAAUUCAUCUCUGUCAUUGCUUCGAACAUGUCGCGCAAUCUACCUCGAAGCAGCAGAUAUACCCUAUCAAACCCUCUCCUUUGACGUAGACGAUCUCCACACCUUUAUCGCCUUUUCCCUGACAAUCUCUUCUGAGCAUCUGGCGCGCAUAAAACGGUUGACUGUGCAAUGGACACCCAUCUGGCAGCCCAUGACCGGCGACUCAUCCUCUUAUUCUCAGACUGGAAGCAACAAAUCCUCAAUAUACUCGCAUACCCACAACGACCAUCUAUGGAAAAUCUUCUGGACCCGUGUUCAGGCACUCGAGGGUCUGCAGGGGCUGCAUCUCAAUCUUGAUCUGGGUCGGUUUAUGGGGAAUGCCAUGAACACCGUCCCGGGUGCACCGGGUAGUGUGUUGCAGGGAGGCGCAAACAGUACGAAAAUCAGCCUGGAUGUCGCUGAGCCAUGGCUUCAGCCGCUAAUGGCUGUGCGAGGAUUGAAGGAGUUUGAUCUAUGUGUUUCUGCGCGCUGUGAUGCGUCGGCUCGGAACUCGUUGGUGGAACAGAUUGGCGCUGAGGCGGUGGUGUUGAGAGAUUGUCUCAGGGAGGUUAUGUGUUUACCGAGAGAGCCAUCGACGACAACUGGGUGUACCGUGCCGGUGUCGUUUCUGAAGGAUAUUUCUGCGUCGUGUGGGAUGGACGAAUAUCUUUUGGAGGGGAAUGUGCAGAGGCCGCAGUUGAUGAUUACGGCUGCGUAG